AUGUCGUCGGUCAAGAGAAGAAAAGUAGAUGUCUCUUUAGGAUCUGCACAAUCCAAAGACAAGAAAACUGUUACGAAGGAACCAUUACCCUCAGUGUCUUCACCAGAAGGCUCUCCCGCACAAGAUGUACCAGAAGCAGAGAAAUCAGCGACAGAAGGAGGGGAGGCCAUAAAGACUUUUAAGGACCUUGGUAUCAUAGACUCAUUAUGUGACGCCUGUACUGCAUUGGGAUAUAAGUCCCCCACCCCAAUUCAAUCCGAGUCGAUUCCGCUUGCGCUCCAAGGCAGAGAUUUGAUCGGUCUCGCAGAGACUGGUAGUGGGAAAACCGCUGCUUUCGCUCUUCCCAUACUUCAAGCGCUUCUGGACAAACCGCAGCCUCUGUUUGGACUUGUUCUCGCGCCUACCCGUGAACUUGCCUACCAAAUAUCUGAAGCGUUCGAAGCCCUUGGGUCGCUUAUAUCAGUACGAUGCGCUGUAAUUGUGGGAGGAAUGGAAAUGGUUUCGCAAGCAAUCGCAUUGGGAAAGAAACCGCAUAUAGUGGUUGCGACACCUGGACGGUUGCUGGACCACCUCGAGAACACCAAGGGGUUCUCCCUUCGAUCCCUCAAAUAUCUGGUUAUGGACGAAGCUGAUCGGUUACUUGACCUUGAUUUCGGACCAAUUUUGGAUAAGAUCCUGAAAGUACUGCCUCGGGAACGACGGACUUAUCUUUUCUCGGCUACCAUGAGCUCCAAAAUCGAAAGCCUUCAGCGAGCCAGUUUAAAGGAUCCUUUGCGCGUCAGUAUUAGUAGCAACAAAUACCAGACCGUGUCGACGUUACUGCAGAGCUAUCUUUUCAUUCCGCACCCGCAAAAGGAUGUCUACCUUGUUUAUUUGCUAAAUGAAUUUGCUGGGCAGUCCGCCAUUGUUUUUACCAGGACAGUAAACGAAACACAACGGUUAGCCAUUUUGCUCCGAACACUUGGUUUUGGCGCCAUCCCUUUGCACGGUCAAUUGUCACAGUCAGCCCGUCUAGGUGCUUUGAACAAAUUCCGAGCCGGGUCAAGAGAGAUUCUAGUGGCAACUGAUGUGGCGGCACGUGGACUCGAUAUUCCAUCAGUCGAUGUUGUGUUGAACUAUGAUUUGCCACCUGAUAGCAAAACAUAUAUUCAUCGUGUUGGUCGAACCGCUCGAGCUGGAAAGUCUGGACACGCGAUUAGUCUUGUAACUCAAUACGAUGUGGAAAUUUGGCUGAGGAUAGAGGCAGCGUUAGGCGAGAAACAGAAAGAGUACGAUACCGAAAAGGAUGAAGUUAUGGUAUUCAAGGCUCGAGUCGAAGAAGCCCAGCGACAUGCAAGAAAUGAAAUGAAGAAUUUGCACGAAGAUAGAGGCAAGAAGGGAUCAGUACUAAAAGGACGACGGCCGGCAAGUGGAGGCAAAAGAGGUCGUGACGAAAUGGAUCGAGAAGAGGGUUAG